CAAUGUAUGCGGCUUGGGAACAGGUGUGAAAAUGGGAGGCUGCAACAUAAGCUGCCCUCUCCUUUUGAAUUACAUGUCCAAGGGCCAGCAAUUCUCCUGCUGCCCCACAAGCAGAGAAUGUGAUUCAGAAAGCACAUUGAAUGUCAGCUAGCAGCUCCAAAUGGUGCUCCGGGCAGGAGAAAGAAGUCCCAGGAGUGUCCACCUCCUUUGCUGCUGAGGAAACAGGACUUUUCCUCUAGUGGUGCAGAUGAGGCUCUGAAACUCUUUAACCUGAGAUCUGUUAUCAAAAGCUUAAUCACUGUGAUGCCCAAAGGGAUAUAAAGAGAGAUACUCUUAUUAUAAAUUGCAGUAAAUACCUUCUAUUUUUGUCAAUUCCUAGUAGGACAACCUGUGCCUUGGUUCCCUGUGCAAGUGAAGUCUGUCCCUUCUCAGACCUUGCCUGCAUAUUCCCAGGACUGACAUCUUCCACUCCCUCCCUCUUGCCCACUCCCUCUCUCUCAGAUGAUGCAGAGUGCCAGCAAGUCCCUCAAUGGUGUCAUAUCUGUCCUUUUUAUUCAUUGCAGGGUUUAUUUUUAGCCUGAAACAACUGCUUCCUAAAAAUGGAGUUCCUAAUGACACGGGAGCUGGACACAGCUAUGUAAGGUAUCCAGGGCUUGGCCUGACAGCUUCUCCCGUCUGUCUCUCUCUUUGUUGUGAGUACAGGACAGCAAAGUUUGCUGCUCCCCACCAGUCUUGCAGUGUUUGGGCUCAACACUAGGAAAGUAGCAGAGAGAAACUUAGAGAAACUAAGAGAAACUUAGUUCAAACUUCACCCGGAGUCUUUGAUCUCCCUCUCUUCUCAAAUUAAGAAAGAGGGGGACAUUUACCCACCCUUUGCUGCACUCCAAGGUGCCCCUAUGAAGGCAAUUUGCUGGAUCCUGGCAGGUUUUUACCUGCUUUUCUGCUGCAAGGCAGAAGAGGGACUGAACUUCCCUACUUACGAUGGGAAAGACCGAGUGAUUGACCUGAACGAGAAGAAUUACAAGCAAGCACUGAAGAAGUACGACAUGCUCUGCCUGCUCUUCCAUGAGCCUGUGAGCUCUGACAAGGUCUCCCAGAAGCAGUUCCAGAUGACAGAGAUGGUCCUGGAGCUGGCAGCUCAGGUCCUGGAGCCCAGGAGCAUUGGCUUUGGGAUGGUAGACUCCAAGAAGGAUGCCAAGCUUGCCAAAAAGUUAGGCUUGCUUGAAGAGGGAAGUCUCUAUGUCUUUAAGGAUGAGCGGUUGGUUGAAUUUGAUGGGGAACUGUCUGCAGAUGUCUUGGUGGAAUUCCUCUUGGAUUUGCUAGAAGACCCCGUGGAGGUCAUAAACAGCAAGCUGGAGCUUCAGGCCUUUGACCAGAUCGAUGACGAAAUCAAACUCAUCGGCUACUUCAAGGGAGAAGACUCAGAACAUUUCAAGGCAUUUGAAGAAGCUGCUGAACAUUUUCAGCCCUAUGUCAAGUUCUUUGCCACCUUUGACAAAGGGGUUGCCAAGAAGCUAGGCCUAAAGAUGAAUGAGGUGGACUUCUAUGAACCCUUUAUGGAUGAGCCUGUUCACAUCCCUGAUAAGCCUUACUCAGAAGAAGAGCUGGUUGAUUUUGUGAGAGAGCACAGAAGGGCCACCUUGAGGAAGCUGCGCCCAGAGGACAUGUUUGAGACAUGGGAGGAUGACAUGGAGGGUAUUCACAUCGUAGCUUUUGCUGAAGAAGAUGACCCAGAUGGUUUUGAGUUCCUGGAAAUCCUGAAGCAGGUUGCCAGGGACAACACCGAUAAUCCCGACCUGAGCAUUGUCUGGAUUGACCCUGACGACUUUCCUUUGCUCAUCACUUACUGGGAGAAGACCUUCAAGAUCGACCUGUUCAGACCACAGAUCGGGGUGGUGAACGUCACGGACGCUGACAGCGUCUGGAUGGACAUCAGAGAUGAUGACGACCUGCCCACAGCCGAGGAGCUGGAGGACUGGAUAGAGGACGUGCUUUCUGGGAAGAUAAAUACCGAAGAUGAUGACGACGAUGAAGAUGACGAUGAUGAUGAUGACGACGAUGAUGAUGACGACGACGAUGAUGACGACGACGACGAUGAUGAUGAUGAUGACGACUAACUGUGACUUUGUGCAGUUUGACUUGUGGGGCCCAAGAGCCCUGGCCCUGCGGCAGGUCCCCUCAUUGGAAGACCUAUGUUUGAGCAUCAGCAAGCACCGCUGCUCCUCUUUUUCCCCGGCUCUGCUCCCCCUGCCCUCGCCCUUGCCGGGACCCCCUCGCCUGAUUCCCAGCGGUGCUGAGCCACCGGGACUGCCCCUGCUGAGGGCAGCACCUGCAGGCACCCAGCACCGCUGCAAAUCAUGCCUCACUAGUAAGGACAGUAGGAAUCUGCAGGGAAUCUGCCCCGAGUGUCCCAGGGCAGGAGAAAAGUGCCUGCCUGCUUGCUGCCAGAGGGACGCAGGGAACCAGUUUGUAUUUUCUGUGUUCAUCAGCCCAGCACUUAACAUCCAAAGACCAAAUCUCACUUCAAGACAUAGGGAAAACCUUAACUUUUAUUAAACACAAUGCCCUUUGCAACUACUCUGCCAAGACCACUCAAUCCUGCAAGUUGUGCUGUGGGAGUCUGUAGCUACUCCCUAAUAUGCUAAGAGCCAGAAAAAUGCUUUGGGAGGGGAGGGAGGUUUUAGGGAUGCUAUUAAAGUUUUCAGUGAUUCCACAUAAUGACAGGAUAUUCUUGUCUGGCAGUGCAAUGCAAAACCAAACACCAGGUCCCCUGUCUGAACCUCUUGCUUCUUGAAAGCUCAGGCCACAGCUGAAGUCAGUGCAGGGGCCCUGAUAUGAGACACAAAGCUCAUGAGUUCCUGAACUGCUGGACAGGCUGGUCCAGCUCGGAGCCCAAUGUGAGUCCAAACCACUGAAGAUCAUGGCACUGAGCCAAGCCAAUGGAAACAUCCACAGGGGCCCACCCUGAAGUAUUCCUAUUCCCCAUAACCUUCCAGCUUUUGCUGACUCUUCACCCAAAGCCCAUGUAGCAUCUUCUCCAUGAUCGAGAUGCCAGGAGGGAACAGAUCCAUCUAAACAUAUUAGAUAGUGGAUGAGUUGCAUUGGGGUGUGAGCAGCAGAGGGAUUCAAGCUGUUUGGCUUUUGAGUAUUCAGUUGCACAGUUACUCCCUGCCUAGAGACUCAGAUAUCCCAUGUAAGAAGCCUCUUUUGACUCAGGCUGAGAAGGAGUUCAGGGUACCAGUCAAGGGGGUCACUCACAAAGCCAAGGGUCCGUCCCACGGUCCUGGCGAGUGCAGCACCAUCCAUGUGCAGGUCACUGUGGCAGCAUUAGGUCUCCCUGCUUUCUCAUGCUGGCAGAUUUCAAUUGUCUUAGCUUCUUAUGUUUGGCAAUAGUGCAAUGAAUGGAGAGUUCAGAGAUGGUGUUAUCUUUAUAAAUACAUUUAUAAAGAUGUUCUCCAGUUGUUCAGAGUUGCUAGCAUAGGUAGUGUACACAUCUCCUCUCUUGCUACAAACAAAAAACAUUGUUCUGACCAUCCUUAUACUGGCUUAGGACAGAGGUACAUGAUGUGAGGGGAAAUAACAGUGUGAGGGACAGAAGAAUCAGAGUUACACAAAUGUGAAUCAGCCUGAUGACAAACAAGGUUUACACACUAUAUAUUUCCUUUAUCAGAUGAACUGCAAAGCAAGAUUUUAUAGAUUUUUUUUUCCUGCCUGUUGAUCAGUUUCUUUUACUCCCUCUCUCUACAUUAGCUGAAAUAGAAAUUUGAAACUACUGGUAUAAAAAAGCUGAAGUAUUGAUAUGUUCCCAUGUGUGCCAUAUCCCCUUGCUGGAAAAUACCACUAUGAACAACACCAUAGCUGGAUUUCUCUUUGUCUCUAUGCACUUGAAUGAAUACUGUGCUAACAUGGUAGAUGACUGUAGACCAAGUUAAUUCCUUGCUGAGCAUCAAACCCUCAGCAUGUGCUUUUCAGAUACAGAUUGUUAGAAGAAUAGACAAGGCAGCAAAGUCCCCAGGUCAACCAUUUGCUCUUCCAUGCUUCCUUAUGGUUGCCUAGAAGAUGAACGAAGUUUGUUCAGGGAGAACAAUCAACUGGUUGCUCUGGGAUGAUAAAAACUUUCAAAAGUCUUGAAAUUCAGUAUGCACUCAGCAUGGAGGUGUCCUCCUCUCUUCCACUCACACCCUACUCUCUGCUGGUUGACAGAGUGCCCAGCACUCUCCUUCUGCUUUUUCCUCAAGGUUUGCUGGAGAAUCCCAGCUCAGAGAGGGAGCAAGCAGGACUCAUGGUCUCAUUCAUCCACACUGGUAAGGAGCAAGAAGAGGCAGAAGUAGCCCUCUGGUAGUCUCCUGGCCUGUGAUUAAGGGACAGCUACUGGCCUGAGAAAAUAACUAGCUUACCUUUACCUUUGGGCUAUUCCCAGGAACAAAACAUGCACAUACCCUGCAUAAGGUAACAGCCUGCACUGCCCAUGUGCCUCCUCAUCAGUCACUUCAAACACAAAGAAUAACAAAAGGUUCCUCUACUGCCUUUCCUAACUGGCACAAUCUCCAGACGUGCCAAGUGCCAGAGUGCUUUCUGUGUGCUCCUCUCCCACUGUGGAUGCCUCUCUGUUCUGAAGUGCCCCACUCCAGAUGCUCUGAGAGGCACAGAUUACCCUGGCAGAAUAGGUAGACCCUGCAGACAGCACUAGGGACAGAUUCAAAGUGGACAGGUGUUUCACAGGCACUUGAACACGUCAGUGCAACAGACCUCUAGGGGGAAAAGAAAGAAAUAAAUAAUGUAGAAGUGUAGAGGCUGAACUCAUACUGGGGAGUGGUGCCAGUGGUUUAUGAAGUGUUUCCCUUGAGUUAUGCAGGGAAAGAGCUAAUCCUACAGCUGCCACUCCUUCAUAGUGCCAGGGAUGGGGCUGCCCUUUCUCUCUUCUCUCGGUCUGCCAUUAAAGUUCUCAUCAUUGUCUUUGCCCACAAACAGGAACUGUUUAUCACCAGCUUUCAGGACAAUCACACAAAAAGUUAGGAAAGCAUUGCCGCCGAGGAAGGAUUGCAGCAAUGAGGAUGGACGGGCAGCAAAGCUUUUCCCAUUUAACUAUAACACCUUGUCUGCCCCAAGAUCCUAAUGACCAAACAGCUGAAGGACACAAUGGCCCUUGUGAAGGAGAGGGCAGCUUGAAUUUGAGUGUUUUGCUUGCAGGGACAGGUAAGACAGCGGUAUGGGGAUGACACACAGGACCCCAGGCCCAGGUGCUCCUGGGCUUCUCUAUCACAAGUAGGAACAUCUGGCAAUUGAAAGGCACUGGUGGCCCUGAGGAGCAAAGCCAACCUAACUCUGCCCACUAUACACUGAAACAGGCAGUACAUUUGGAUGAGGAACCUUCAAAAAAUCCCUUUAUUUAAAAAAUACAAGUUUGUGUACGUGGGCAGCACUGAGUGCUUAACAAGCACAUCUCUCUGCACAAAUAGUUCUUUGGCUCCAGCAUGUUAACUAGACAUAUUAA